AUGGCUGCCCCCGUGGUGAAAGCUGUGCGAGGGUGGUCGGGCUUGGCCCUGGGUGGGCAGAUUGUUCUCCCGCGGCUUCCUGGACUAACCCAGGUGAGGUGGAGCCGCUAUGGCCCGCAGUACCAGGAUCCCCGGAUUGACAAGGAGUAUUAUCGCAAGCCCGUGGCUGAGUUGACUAAGGAGGAAAAGUAUGAACGGGAGCUCAGGAAGACUCAGCUCAUCAAAGCUGCCCCAGCGACCAGAACAAGCUCUGUGUUUGAAGACCCAGUGAUCAGUAAAUUCACCAACAUGAUGAUGAAAGGAGGAAACAAAGUGCUGGCCAGGUUCCUCAUGACGCAGACCCUGGAAGCUGUGAAAAGGAAGCAGUUUGAGAAGUACCACACUGCUUCUGCCGAGGAACAGGCAGCCAUUGAACUCAAUCCCUACACCAUCUUCCACCAGGCUCUGAAAAACUGUGAGCCUGUGAUUGGGCUGGUACCCAUCCUCAAGGGUGGCCACUUCUACCAGGUCCCUGUGCCCCUGGCCGACCGGCGUCGCCGCUUCCUGGCCAUGAAGUGGAUGAUUACUGAGUGCCGGGAGAAGAAGCACAGGCGGACUCUGAUGCCAGAGAAGCUGUCGCACGAACUGCUACAGGCUUUCCAUAACCAGGGCCCGGUGAUCAAGAGGAAACACGACGUGCACAAGAUGGCUGAGGCCAACCGUGCCCUGGCCCACUACCGCUGGUGGUAGAGCAAGGCU